AUGACAAUAAUUUCUGACAAAAUAAAACUAAUCAAAUAUCGUUGGCGAUUAUUGAUCAUUUUUCUCACACCACUUAUCCUAUUACCUCUUCCGCUCAUUGUUAAUACGACUCAAGCACGAUGCGCUUAUAUUGUACUUCUUCUUACUGUUUAUUGGGUAUCCGAAGCAAUGCCAUAUGCCGUAACUUCUAUAUUGCCACUUUUUUUCUUCCCAUUGGCAGGUAUUAUACGUAGUGAUGAAGAAAUAACAACAUUAUUUGUCGGAAGCAUGAUGUUAGCUCAUGCUAUGGAACACGUUCAUUUGCAUCGACGAUUAGGAUUAUUUGUUCUUAGCAUUGUUGGUUCAUCAAUCAAGUGGAGCAUGGCUGGACUAAUGGGAGUGACUGCUUUUUUGAGUAUGUGGAUCAAUAAUUCGGCAGCAACAAGUAUCAUGAUACCGGCAGCGAUUGCCAUUAUCGAUGAACUUCAAAAUCAUCAACAAGAAACACAAGAAAAAUCAGUAACUGAUAAAAUUCAAGAUCAUCGACAAUCGAAAGAAAUUCUGCCUCUUGAAUGUGAGAUUUCGACAGAUUUACAAACAUGUAUUGAAGAUUCGACAAAAGAAAUUCUCAAAAUUCAAGAUAAUGUUAUAAUUGAUUUAAAUAGACAAGUAAUUCAUGAUCAAUAUGAUCGUUCCUCAAAUAUUGAAUUAAAUUCUACGCCGACAAAUCAUGUCGAUUAUAGACAACUUAAAACUGCUUAUCUCAUCGCUGUAGCCUAUAGUGCAGCUAUUGGUGGUUUAUCAACUUUAGUUGGAACUGGUCCAAAUAUUUUUGUUAAAGGAUUUGCUGAUGAGAAUUAUUCCAAAGGAUCUCAUGCAUUUGAAAUCAGUUUUACCAAUUUUCUUUUAUUUGCAUUACCAAUUGGUAUCAUCAUGCUCAUUAUCUGUUGGUUAUGGUUACAACUUUUGUAUAAUCAUAGAGAAUUAUUACCAUGGAUUAAAGUAGAUAAAAAUAUUUUAGAAUCUCAAAAACAUUUAAAGUCUGUUCUGAAAAAACAAUAUGAAGAAUUGGGUAGUCUCAGUUGGCGAGAAUAUAUAAUAGCCAUAUUAUUUUUUAUUAUGGUAAUCCUUUGGGUAACACGUGAUUUUUCAAGCUAUCCUGGUUGGGCAAUCAUUUUUCGAAAAGAUUAUGUUACGGAUGCUACAAUUGCUAUAUUCAUUGGUACAUUACCACUCUUUCUACCAAAUAAAAAUCCAUUUAGUAAACAAUGGAAAUAUCAACCUAUUAUUCGUUGGGAUCAUUUAUCCAAAAAUUUUCCUUGGGGUGUAUUUAUGUUACAAGGCGCCGGUUUGGCUAUUGCUGAAGGAUUCAAAGCAUCGAAUCUAUCGGACACAAUAGCUACUUUUCUUCAAUUUAUUGUUGGAGCUUCUGAUAUUACUAUUAUUUUUAUUAUUAUUGUAUUGAGUGCAAUAUUCACUGAAUUUACAAGUAAUCUUGCCUGUGCAACUAUUCUAUUUCCGAUACUUGAUAGCAUUGCAAAAACAACAGGAAUUCAUGCAGCACGUCUUAUUUUACCAUCAUGUAUGGGUGUUUCACUCUCAUUCAUGUUGCCCAUCGCUACACCACCUAAUGCGAUGAUAUUCUCAAGUGGCAAUGUCAGAAUUAUGGACUUAAUUAAAGUUGGACUCAUUAUGAAACUGUUUGGUAUUGUUAUAAUUCUUAUUGCAUCUAUGAUAUUGAUAACACCGAUCUUUCGAAUUAGUCCAUUCGUAGAAGUUCUCAAUAAUACAUUGUUACUUAAUGACAGUUUCAACGAAUAA